GGCCGCCAGAACCAAAAUGGAGGCCCGUUUGGCGCUUUUGUUCCUUUCGCUCCUCGGUGUGGCAGUUUGCGAGGAUUUCAUGGAAAAUGCAGUGGCUGGAAACGCUCCAGCAGUUUCUUCAGCGGGUCUUGUCCUUGACAUUGAGAACCCGAACUUAAAUGCAGUCGAUUUGUUCAAAGGCGCUCUGGGAUACCUCGGCUACCAGAGGUACACAUCAAAGGAUGGCCGCGCGUUCGUCGAGGUGCUCGCAGACGAUGCCCAAAUCUGGAGCGCCGGCAAAGACACGUCCGAGGCCACAGUCGUACAUGUGUACCUCAAGGGGGAAGACCCGAGGCUCAUGUACCUGGUCUCUAGGUGGGACACCGUCUCCAAGUACGAGUGCUUCGCCAGGGAAGGCAGGGAAUGGAUGAACAUUACGCAGUCGGAUUUUAAUGAGAGACUUGAUGCCCUCAUUGAUGCUGCGGAGGAUGAAGUUGAGGGGUACAUUGUGGACAUUACAAAUCCGCCAAAGAAGGCUCUGGAGAUCAUGGAGCCCUCCGAACAGGAGCCAUUCUUGGUCAUUAAACCUCUCCCAGGAACCAAGAUCGUGGAGCUCGUCCAAGGGGAAGAUGAUAUCUGGAUUGGAGAAGGCGAGCUGUGCACUGCCGCCUCGUUUUUCGUCAAGAAUAAAAAGCCAGUGCUGGCCCAGCUAACCCUCGAGAGACCAGACAACGAGACCGAGACGCUCUACUUUGAAAGGAGGAUCUUUGGGUGGUACGAAAUGACCCCCAAACUCUUUGAAUUCAAGGUAGAAAGAUUUAAACUAGCCGUAAAGGAGGAUGACGACGGAUUCAUGACCGCCGCCGUAUACACUGCAGUCCUUGCAGUGGUCUCUUUCACACUAUUCUAG